CUUUGAACUACUGAGGGGCCAUCUUCUCUCCGAACUGCUCAUACCUUUUUCAAAAAAAGGCAUUACAAAUCUGCCCGCACACUCACACACACUAUUGGGAAACUCGUGAAAUCAAAUCCUUUUUCCCUCCAUUCUUUUCCCUUUUUGCAUUCUGUUUUUUCACCGAUCAAUGAAUGUGCUCUUCACCGUUUGCACAUAUCCAAUAAUUUGUAAUUCCUCGAAACCCUUUUCUUUUUAAUGCUCUUGUGUUGGAAAUUGGGCUAAAGAAGCAAUUUUUUUGACUCCCCCUUUUUCAUUUGGAGUUCAUUUGAUUGUUGCAAUGGAGAAUUGCUAGUCAGAUCUGAGAUCUUCAUUUGGUGGAAGAGGGAUUCAGAGAUGGUGGCUGAGGCUUGGAUUUUGAGAAUGGGGAAUCAGGUGAGUAGCAAUUUAAAGCAUGCUUUGUAUUCUGAUAGUAAUUCCUCCACAAAGAAGAAAGAAAAUCCUUUACAAGAGAGGCAGGUUAUUGGUAUUCUGUCGUUUGAAGUUGCUAAUGUGAUGUCCAAGAUUAUGAAUUUGCACAAGUCCUUGUCUGAGAGUGAGGUGUCUAGGCUUAAAAAUGAAAUCUUGAGGUCUGAAGGGAUUAGAACCCUAGUUUCCAGUGAUGAAAAGCAGCUUCUAGAGCUAGCCCUUGUGGAGAAACUGGAUGAUUUGAAUCGAAUUGCUGGCGUAGUUUCGAGGUUAGGGAAGAAAUGCAGCAUCCCUGCGUUGCAGGGGUUUGAACAUGUGUAUGGGGAUGUGGUUUCUGGGGUGAUUAAUGUUGGGGAGCUGAGUUUCUUGGUGAAGGACAUGGAAGGGAUGAUGAGGAAGAUGGAGAGGUGCGUGAGCACGACCGUGACCUUGUAUAGCGAGAUGGAGGUGAUGAACGAGCUGGAAUCCGCCACCAAGAAGUUCCGGGAGAAUCAGCUUGAGGAGAGUAGGAAGGCCUUUGAGCAGAAGCUAGUGUGGCAGAGGCAGGAUGUCAAGCAUUUGAAGGAUGUCUCGUUGUGGAAUCAGACGUUUGAUAAGGCUGUGGAGCUCCUGGCACGGACCGUGUGCACAGUCUAUGCUCGGAUACAUCUUGUGUUCGGAGAUGGCCUUGCUCAAGCCGGUUCUGUUGGGAGCUCGCAACGUUUGCAGCAGUUAGAUGUAGUAAGCACGAGUUUGAUAAAGCACGCAUCGGGUAGAAGUCAAUCUAGGGCAUUUGUGAAUGAGAAGUCGGGGAAGAGGGCCGUUGGUGCUAGGCCUAAAGUGAGGGGGCAGAAGGGGGAACGCGAGUUUGGGGCCGAUGACUUCAACUCUGUGUGUGGGAUCGGGCCGGGGAGGAUGUUCUUGGAGUGUUUGAGCCUGAGCAGUUCUGCAUCAAAGGUUGAUGCUGAUGCUGAUAGCUACGAUGAUCAAUGUAGUCGGGUUUCAAACACUUUAAGCAUUGCAAACAGCGCGGUUCCUCUGAGUAGUUUGCUCCGUCCCAUCAACAGUGAGCGCGUGAUUGGACAGUCAAAGAGGCGGCUGCUGGUGGAGGCGCCUCCCAACACAGUCGGGGGCUCAGCACUAGGCUUGCAUUAUGCAAACGUGAUCAUCAUCAUCGAGAAACUCCUCUGCUACCCGCAUCUGGUGGGCGAGGAGGCCAGGGACGACCUAUACCAGAUGCUUCCGACGAGCCUGAGAAGGACUCUCAAGUCGAAAUUGAGGUCCUACUCGAAGAACCUGGCCAUCUACGACGCGCCAUUAGCCCACGACUGGAGGGAGAGGCUGGAGGGGAUGCUGAGGUGGCUCGGCCCCCUGGCACACAACACGAUCAAGUGGCAGACCGAGAGGAAUUUCGAGCAGCAGCAGCAGAUUGUGACGAGGACUAACGUGCUGCUGCUGCAGACAUUGUGCUAUGCUGACCGGGGCAGGACCGAGGAGGCCAUCUGCGAUCUCCUCGUUGGCCUGAACUACAUAUGCCGGUAUGAGCAGCAGCAGAACGCGCUGUUGGACUGCGCGAGCAGCUUUGAUUUCGAGGACUGCGUGGAGUGGCAGCUGCAGGCUCGGGCUUCGUUUCAGGGUUGAAUCUUUUUCGAUUCUUACACGAUAUGGUGGUUAGUUUUGGAAAAUUUGUUUGUGGUUUAUGGUAGCUUAGAUUAUGUUUAUGAUUAUAUUUGUAGGAGUUUGUGAAUAGCAGGACAUAAAAUUGAAGGUGUCCUUGCAUCUGUUGAUGAUGGUUAUGUGAUUUGAUUGUAGCAAAUUUGGAGUACAUAUUUUCUUUUUUUGCAUAAUUUAUCAAGCUGAAGUUUCCUUA